AACGAUAAAUCGGAGCAAAAUUUUGCUAAAAAGAUUAAGGAGUACAUCCUCGUACCAAAAUAUAAAAACAAGAACAUCGUAAAUUUUCGUUUUCAUUUAGUAUGUUUAGUUAUAAUUGUUGUUAGUUAAUUACAUCAGAUCCGCCAAGGACGCUGGUCUGAGUUUCUCUUUGUUUGGAUUUUCGUUUGUCAUUAUGAGACUCAUUCGAACCUCAAAACAUGUUCCUUUGUCCAAAUCAUCAUUUUCCAAUCCCACGCAUUCUUCUCCCCAAACCAUGAAAACAACAAUACAGAUUUAUGGAGUCUCUCUUUCGCUUAUUCUUAUCAACCUUGCCGCUAUUAUGGAGCGUGCGGACGAGAAUCUUCUUCCAUCUGUCUACAAAGAAGUUAGCGAAGCAUUCAAUGCCGGACCUUCUGAUUUGGGUUACCUCACAUUCAUAAGGAAUUUUGUUCAAGGACUUUCAUCUCCUCUAGCCGGUAUACUCGUUAUUAACUAUGAUAGGCCAACAAUUCUUUCUACGGGAAUUUUUUGCUGGGCUUUAUCAACUGCUGCUGUUAGUGCUUGUCACGAUUUUCUGCAGGUUGCAUUCUGGAGAGCGAUAAAUGGAUUUGGUUUGGCGAUUGUGAUUCCAGCACUGCAGUCUUUCAUUGCUGAUAGCUAUAAUGAUGGAAUGAGGGGAACUGGAUUUGGAUUCCUAAGCCUUAUCGGUAACGUAGGUGGCGUAGGAGGUGGUGUUCUGGCUACAGUCAUGGCUGGUCAGCAUUAUUGGGGAAUUGAAGGAUGGCGAUGCGCCUUCGUUAUGAUGGCAACUUUGAGUGCAUUAAUUGGAAUCCUUGUUUUACUAUAUGUAGAUGACCCAAAAAAAAGAAUUUCUACCACUCAAGAUGCUAGUGAGAGUUCAGAAAGGGGUGAUACUAUUUAUAAUGGCAAUGUUAGUGUAACAUCAACUUGGAUGUACUCUUGGGCAGCCACUAAAUCUGUGAUCAAAGUGAAAACAUUUCAAAUAAUUGUGUUACAGGGAAUUAUUGGAUCACUACCAUGGACUGCCAUGGUGUUCUUCACAAUGUGGUUCGAACUAAUCGGUUUUGAUAAUAAUACUUCAGCAACACUUCUCAGUCUUUUUGCUGUUGGAUGUGCAAUGGGGUCCUUCAUAGGAGGAUCAAUAGCUGAUCAACUGUCACAAACCUACCCGUAUUCAGGUCGUAUCAUGUGCGCACAAUUCAGCGCUUUUAUGGGAAUUCCAUUCUCAUGGUUUCUUCUUAGGGUGAUACCUCAAUCAGUGACUAGUUUUCUUACCUUUUCGAUCACGCUCUUUUUCAUGGGUCUAACUAUAAGCUGGAACGCUACGGCUGCAAAUGGACCUAUGUUUGCCGAGGUAGUACCAGUCAAACACAGGACUAUGAUUUAUGCAUUUGAUAGAGCUUUUGAAGGCUCAUUCUCUUCUGUUGCAGCUCCUUUGGUUGGAAUUCUUUCUGAGAGAAUGUUUGGCUACAAUUCCAAAUCUGUUGAUCCCAUCAAAGGAUCUUCAGCAGAGGCUCUUGCCUUGUCAAAAGGACUUCUUUCAAUGAUGGCCAUUCCAUUUGGAUUGUGUUGUUUGUGCUACACACCAUUGUAUUGUAUAUUUAAGAAGGACCGCGAAAAUGCUAGAAUACAUGCAGUGAAAGAGGAGGAGAUGAUGUGAGACACUAGAUUUCUUUUAUCUUUAGGAAUUGGUAGUUCGCGUGAAUGGACUCCUCUGAAUCCUAUCCGCUUGAGACUUAAGUCCGGUAUGAAGUUCAAAUCUUAGACAGUAUACACGAAAGUUUUGCUAACCAUACAUGUAUAAGGGUCCCAUCAUGAGGUCAGGCUGAUAAAUGAACUCGUUUUGAGUGAUUGCUUACACUUGAAAUGGCCAAUGUGGCCAAACGGAUCGGGCAUAUUUGAUAGCAAACAUUGCACGUUAAGAUAAUAAAUGUUAUGAUCAUUAAAUUAUUCAGCAGGAUGAUUUUGCUUCUGUAGAUUGUACAAUGUAAUAUACACAUUAAUUGAUACAUUUGUAUGUUUGGAUUAACUCUA